CGUUGGAACCACUGUAGAGAGCCAGUAUGCCGGAAACAGGCCACAAGUACGCUAAACUUUAGUUAUCAGGAUUUUAAACAAGUAAUACACAAAUGGAGAUUGAGUUGAACCUUUAAAUAAUCUAAAAUAGACCUGUUGGGCGAUACAGGUAAGGGAAAGUUGCCCCCUUGUUGAGCUAAAGUGGUUGCUAAAUGUCGUGUUUUAUUAUGUUCACUUUUGACCGUCAGAGCCACCGUAGACAAAGCUAUGUUAAACAAGUUGUUUUUGGCGACAUUUUGUUACAUAUUUUCUAAUAAGCAGUCAGGUGACUGUGGCGCCAGUUUGACAGCCCUGUUGGACGUGACUCAGCUCAUGAGUGCAGCUUUAUUACACCGUCGUUAAUCCACUCCGGGGACAUUUUCCGUGUUUUGUCGUGUCCUCUGUAAGUAUGUAAUGGAGGGAGUGUGUCUGUCUGUGGGCGGUUACAAACGGUGCGUGAUUCACAAACCUUAUUUGUUCCUACUACUUUGAGCGCCAUCUUGUUUGUAACUCGUCUACGUAAGUGGUAGAGUUUCUACCGAGGGGGUAUCCAGUUACCCUUUUUCCAGCUUUAGACUGGGAACCUCUCCCCUGUAGUACUCGGGCGCAUAUCGCAUUUGCUUUAUCGCCUUUCUCUUGUUAAAAGAAAAUAAACUUUAGUCUCUCUAAGUGGACAGACAUGAGCAUCGAAACGCUUUUGGAAGCGGCCAAGUUUUUGGAAUUGCAAGCCCUGCAACAACAGAAAGCACGUGAGGAUGAACUAAAGGAGAAGCAGCGUCUGAAGCAGUUGGCAGAGCAGAGGCAAUCUGAUGUGAACUAUAACUCCGCAACCCACAUCAACCAUGUUCCUAAAGCAGAGGAGCUGCGACCUGAGUGCCGCCCAGCACCCAUACCACCCUCUCUGCCUCCUCCCUCCAUGCCCAUCGCGGUCAUCCCCAUCCCUGUGGUCACACCCAACCCUACAGGCUCACCCACCCUGCCCGUUGCCACGCUCUCCCCUCCAGCUGCUCCACCACCUGCCGCCACUCUGCCGCGGUCCCCACAACCCAAACCCGACCAACCAACAUCUAUCCUGACCCCCAACCACAAGCAGCUGAUACAGAACCACAGUCAUCACCCACAGCUCGUCACCCAAACUAACAACACUAAACUACCGCAGCAGACACACCAGCAGCUGGUUCAUCGGUAUCCUGGUUCCAUCGUGUCGCCCCCACAGCAACAUGCCUUACUCCCUCAGUCAGGCCCUGUGCUCCAGCAGGCUCCUCUACAGAACGGCCCUGUCAGCCGGGGGAGUCCUCCUGAUGACGGCCGCCAGCUAGACAAGAAGAGGCCUGGAGGGGCAGGCACAAGAGAAGUGCAUAACAAGCUUGAGAAAAACAGACGAGCACACUUGAAGGAGUGCUUUGAGACGCUGAAAAAGAACAUCCCCAACAUAGAUGAGAAGAAGACCUCCAAUCUGAGCGUGCUGAGAAGUGCGCUGAGAUACAUCCAGACGUUGAAGCGGAAAGAGAAGGAGUACGAGCAUGACAUGGAGCGACUGGCCAGAGAGAAGAUCGCCACGCAGCAGCGAUUAGCAGAGCUGAAGAACGAUCUGAGCCAGUGGAUGGAUGUGAUUGAGAUCGACCGCGUCCUCCGACAGACAGUGCAGCCAGAGGAGGACCAGGCCUCCACCUCCACUGCCUCAGAAGGUGAAGACAUUAUGGACGACGACCUGGAAGAUGAGACUCAGCAGAGAGCACAGCCUGCCUUACCCUCCGUGCCUCAAACCAUGAAACCUGAGCUGCACAAGACUGCAACACCCACUCAGACCCCGAACCCGACCCUAACACCCACCACACCCACCACUACCUCUUUUAUUACCCAACACAUCUCCAUCCAGCACAAAGUCCCUCUGCACCAGCCUCAGCUCCAGCCUCUGGCAGCAACUCCUCCGCAGCCAGUGUCCAAGCCCGCAGCCCCACCUACACUCACGACCUCCAGCACUCCCACCACCCCCAGUCAGCCUUUGAUCCCCACCCAGACACAGAUGGUGACCGCGUCCAGCCUACACCCCACAGUCAUUGCUCACGCUUCAGUGUCCCAUCCCUCAGUCAUCCAAGCAGUCAAUCACGUCAUCCAAGGCGGUGGGCCCAAACAUAUUGCCCACCUAGCUCCCUCCACCACCACCACCAGCACUGUCCAGUUAGCCCCCGGCCACCAACCCAUCGGCCACAUCACCGUGCACCCUGUGGCUCACCUGAGCCAGCAUCUACCUGCCCUUUACCCCCAACCGGUGGCUGUCACACAGUCGGCUGUGGUCGGCCAUAUCACCCACACCCUGAACCACACCCACCCUCACAUGAACGGCACCGCGACGAGCCAACCAGCUGCCACCAUCGUUGGCAAGCAGACAGCAGUGAGCACGCAAAUGGUGACCCACCACCCACAGCUGGUGGGUCAGACGGUGCUCAACCCUGUGGCAAUGGUGACCAUGCCCUCCUUCCCCAUCAGCACUCUGAAGCUGGCCUGAACACUGCCGACAGGACCACCGAACCGGGAGACAGAGACGCCCCUCGAUAGGGGAGAACCACAGGCCUCAGAUCAGGCCACUGACAAGUCCACAGCCAGGGUGAGCAGGUGGACACCUGGCUGAUCCACAGAGAGUCACUAUCAUUCAGAAGCAUUACAGCUGAUAUCAAGAGGGGAACAUUCCUACAAAAAGAACUCUUAUUACCAGUCCAGCAGUGUCCUGAAAUUUCGAUCCUGAAUUUAGGAUAUGGUCAAUAGUCAUCAUGUUGUGUAUGUGUGACAGUAUACGCUGGGCAGCCCCUUACUUCUCAUCCAUUGUUACAGAUAGAGGAGCAGUAGUCAUUUUCAUAUGAGCUUUACACAAACAGCUUCAUCUUGGGAAAUGCCAGCACAGUGUCCGUGUCAGCCCCCUCUUACAGUGUUCAUGUCGUUACUAGGUGGUGGUCAGACUCUCCGUUAUCACUGUGACUGCUGUGGAUUAACCAGUAGUUGAUCAUGUACUUGAGAGGCUACAUUGGGUUUUGACUGCUGUGACAGUGUAGGAUCAGAGUGCUCAACGCGCCAUAACCACCACAUUGGGAAUGUGAUUUAGAGGAGCUCCUCCUCUCCAGCAGAGGCACAUGCUGCAGGGCUGGAGCAAAAUCAUGGGCUGAACUAAAGCUCCAGAUCAGGAGCUGCAGUCCUCAGUGAUGGUAUAUACAGCAAUUGCCCCCCCUGCUGGCAGAUUGUGUUCAAUGUAGUACUACUCCCUGGUAUGAUGCUGAGGAUGUCAUUCAAACAAUGGCCACUUAAAGGUCCAGUGCAGUGUGUAGGAUUUAGGGGGAUGCAUUGGCAGAUAUGGAGAAUAAUAUAAUAAGUAUGUUUGCUUAAGUCCAAAUCACCUAAAAAUAAUAAUAGUUGUGUUUCUUUUACCUUAGAAUAGGCCAUUUAUAUCUACAUUGGGAGCAGGUCCUUAUCCACAGAGAUGGACAUGUUGCACUGCCGUGUUUCUACAGUAACCCAGAACAGACAAACCAAACACUGGCUCUAGAUAGAGCCAUUCACUUAGUUUAGUAGUUAGCAGCCCCUUCACGACAAGAGCAGCGGAAAAACACAGAUUUUUUAAUGUGAAACUGCUUUAUUCAAAAGGUGUCCAUUUGUUUCUGAAUGUCUAGGUUUUAAGUUAUCAGAGGAAAUAGGUGAGCAGUGGUCUGUCUCCGACAUGCCAAUCAGUGUAUGAGAAACACUGAUUUGUGACGUAUCAUGUGGUCUGGUGUGAGAAAGAGACCUCUGUGGAUAAUUCAGCUCCUGCUAAAAACUUCCUGAACAAUGAAUAUUGAAGGAAUUCUAACCGGGAGAAGUAUAAGAUGGUAGCUAUCUGCAAUCCUCACAGCUAGAUGCCACUACAUCCCUCUAACUCUUACACACUGUUCCCUUACAGUAAAAGAAUAAGCAGUUGUCAGGGUUUGACUUUCAGUGUUGGACUCAAAUUGUUACUUAUCUCUAGUAUUUGUCUUUCAGACAUACUAGCAACCGUUCACUGAGCACAAGUCUUAGUUUUAGGAUGCAGUCACAUAUAUUUUAAAAUAUCCUUGCCAAAUGGAAUCAGUUUUACAUGGCCCCUAAAUCUACCACAAACAAUGGUGUGUUAAACACUUAACGUUUAGUUACAAACUCAAUGCUACAAGAAGAGGGAGCUGAGCGUUGAGAGGUUUUGAAUGUGAAUACAUAAAGGUCCAUAAAGUGUAGUAAAGUGUGUCUAUGCUGUCUUGCAGGGCAAAUGGUAGUAGGAUGUGUGUUUGCAUGCUGUGAAUGCAUGACAUGACUGUGUUAAUUAGUGAUAAUCUUGAAAGCGAGGAGUGUUGCUUUGCAGACCUCAAACAGUUACAGGAGGAAUGUCACAUUUAUUGGUUCAGAGUUGAAGCCUUGUCAUCCAUGACUUUGGGUUGGGAUCGGUAUAAAGUGAUUUCAACAGCUGGCAUAAACCCAAUCAUUUUUUUAAGACUAUCCUGACUAUCAUUUUCAAAGCUAGCACUGUGAAAAUUUCUAUUAGUCUCAAUGAGCAGCAGUUUAGCGUAGCACUUGCUAAAACAGCAACAUGCUGUGCUCUCCUUAUUUAAUCUGAAUGUACUGAUUUGUGAAAGGACAUUGAGUAGUGCACUCAUCUGAAUUUAAGCCCUUUUCUUUCUUUCAAGAAAAAUGCGAUUUACUUUAUGAAAGUAUCACGUGUAUGUAAAGUGUAACAUGUACAACUGAUUUUGUAUUUUAAGAUUUACCGUUGCUUGUUUCAUCUGGAGAAUAACCUCUGUUCAGUGUAAAUUUGGUGAUAUAGUUGAUUUUUUUUUUUUCUGGGACCAUGUACAGUGCUGUAUAUCAGGGCGUGACGACUGCACAGACCUCUUCUCACGUUGAUAUCCCAUUUGGUCUCUCUGUAAAGUAUUCACCCAGCAACUGUUUUCAAUUUUGUUCUGAUGCAAUAUGAUUAAAGCAGGGAAUCUUAGUUUGUUUUUAACUAAUUAAUUGCGAAGAUAAAAGUAAUGCUAUUUUCACCCUCAUAUUUUAUGCAAAUGGUCCCGAACAAAUGCAUUUUGAGAUCAUAUUGUAGCAAAACAAAAUGUGUAAAAAUGAACAGGGAUUCAGAUACUUGAAGAAGCAACAAUAUACUUGUGUGUUUUCCCUAUGGAGAAAGUUUAAGUUGUAUAUAGCCUGUAAAUGUUGGGCUGCAUUUAGAUCUAACUGUAUAAUGUAAAAAGCUGGGGAAAUAUGUAAAAUGAAAAGUUUAUAAAAAAAAAAGAUAGUUAAUAAAUU